AUGUUCGAGCGUGGUAUUGACCCUGACGUUGAUAACCCGGACCAUUGUCACGACCACAGCGCUAUACCGGAUGAAUGGCCUUCAGUUGAAACCUUGGUGGAAUACCAACGCCAGGUCAGGAUUAGGGCGAGGUCGAUAUACUUUAAUGGUAAGGCUGGUGAUAGGAAAGUCGCCGAGGCUCUAUGGAUCAGCUUCGAACAUGAAACUAUGCACUUAGAGACCUUCCUCUACAUGCUUUUGCAACACAACAGUACUAUGCCCCCUCCUCUUGUCGCGAAGCCCGAUUUCAAACAAUUAGCAUUCGACUCAGCCCAGAAAGCUGUUCCCAAUGAAUGGUUUGAAAUCCCAGAGCAGACCGUGGAGAUCGGCCUCGACGAGCCGGGUUCAGAUGAGAUUCCUAGUACUUCCUUCGGAUGGGACAAUGAAAAACCACGACGAAGUGCGCAUGUACCAAGCUUUAUGGCCAAGGCUAGGCCAAUAACCAAUGGAGAGUAUGCCAAGUACCUGGAGGAAUGUGGUACUGAACAGCUGCCCGCAUCCUGGGUGGAAAAGUCAACCGAGAAUGGCUCACGAAACAUUAUGGCCAAGUAUGCUGUGCGCACUGUGUUUGGUCCAGUACCACUAGAGUGGGCAUUGGACUGGCCUGUCGCCGCAUCCUACGAAGAGCUAAACCGAUAUGCCAAGUGGAUUAAGUGUAGGAUUCCUACUUUCGAGGAGGCUAGGAGUUUAUACAAGUACUCACUCACCUGUCCUUCUGGGAAUGGUGAGGUGGCGAACGGUCUAAAGACAUCUACGAACGGGUCAGAGAAACAAAACCAUGACACUAGCCACCAACCAGUGCAGAACCCUUCCAGCCUACACAAGUCAGUGUAUGUUGACCUCGAUGACUGCAAUGUCGGAUUCACCCACUGGCAUCCAACGUCUGUCACGCAGAAUGGAAACAAGCUCAGCGGGCAAGGAAAUUUCGGUGGACUAUGGGAGUGGACUAGCUCUACUUUAGAGGCUCACGAUGGCUUCAAGCCAAUGGAUCUGUACCCUGCGUAUACCGCGGACUUCUUUGAUGGGAAGCAUAACAUCGUUCUCGGAGGGUCAUGGGCAACCCAUCCCAGGCUUGCAGGGCGGUCAACUUUUGUGAACUGGUACCAGCGGAACUACCCAUACGUCUGGGCCGGCGCUCGUCUUGUCCGUGAUGAUUGA